UUUGCAAAGAGUUGGACUGAUGGAAUUUGAAAUGACCAUGACAAUAAAAAUUCAAGAUCUGGUGCCUCAGAGUUCAAAACUUGCACAGUCCAUUGCUCAUGAGUUGGAAAUAAAAUAUGAUCAGGUCCAAAUGUUAAAUUUUACAAGUGAAGGAAAUGGUUCUCUCAUAAGAUGGGCUAUCUCUCCAGAUGGUCCAAAUGAUUACAUUCCAAAUACCACUGCAGAGAGCAUACUGUCCCGUUUGAAUGAAGGCAGUGUGCACCUUCCUGACACAUUUGGAACUUACAAAUUGGUCAGUUGGAAGGUGGAGCCACCUCCCAAGAGGACAUGGUGGCAUUGGCAACAUUUUUUGGUAUUUUUGGUGGUGGGAGUUCUGGCUGCAACCCUUACUUUUUCGGUGCUCGUGACAUGGUAUAUUUGGAGAAGACAUAAACAGAAAGCUCUUGGAAGUUAUAAGCCUGUGGAAAUUGAGAUUGCUGAUCAAGAGAUUGCCAAUGAGGAGUCGCUGCCCUUACAAGAUGCCACAAAGUCAACUGACAAUUUUUAAGGUGUACCAUCUAUCCCUCACCAGUUAAUUCUCUGUUCAAAGAUGACCCCCCUCAUGUGAUGAUGAAGUAUCUGUGCACAGCCAAAAUGAGGAAGAUAGCAUAUUGGAGAGAGUGUUCACUCUCUCUUCGGAGUCUAAGAUUGGCCUGCAUUUCUUGUACAUGUUUUUUAAGUUAAAAAGAAUAAUGGGAAGUGCCAAAUCUCUUGGUUGUGCAUGCAAAGGAAAUUCAUUUGUGUCGAUGAGGGGAAUGAGGUUAGAUGGCCAAGCAGUUUGGCUCACCUUGUGGUGUAAUCUGCCUGCCAGUUGAACGGGCUGAAAGCAUGUAUCAGAUCAGUUUUUUGUAUUUUAAGUUGUCUUGGGUUUUUAUAGGCCAGCAAUAUGCUUUAACCCCUGCUACUCCAUAAUGGGGUGAUUCUGGGCAAACACCCAUUCUCUAUUGUGUAUGGCUUUCACAAACUGACAAUUAAGUAUGCCUCUAGCAUUUAACAAAGCAUUGUAACAUUUGGGCAUGACAUAAAGAACUUGAGAAUUUUUAAUAUGGGUUA